AUGCAACAACAACUCCUACAAAAAUCACUCAAAUCAAUUUCAUCGUCAAGAGCAAUUAAACAAAUCAAGUCAUCCACAGCAGUGAGAAGUUAUUCAACCAACAAGAAAUCUACCUUUGCUGAUAAUGACUUUUUAUCAAGACUCGGACUUGUAGAAGAAGGCAAUCCUGGUAUUUCUAUUGGUUCCGAAUGGAAAGGGUCUGGCCAGAUUGUUCAGUCCAUUAAUCCAUCUGAUAAUUCCGUUAUUGCAAGCACUGUUACUCCAACCCUUGCAGAGUACGAGCAAGCUGUUCAUCUUGCAAAACAAGCUGAAAUUGAAUGGCGUAAUAAGCCUGCUCCAUACAGAGGAGAAAUCGUUAGACAAAUUGGAGUAGCUUUACGUGAAAAGAUUCAAGAUUUGGGUAAAUUAGUGAGUUUGGAAAUGGGCAAAAUCCUUCCCGAGGGUGUCGGUGAAGUACAAGAAUUCGUAGAUAUUUGCGAUUAUGCCACUGGCUUAUCAAGAAUGAUCAAUGGAAGCGUUUUGCCAAGCGAGAGACCCAAUCACAUGAUGUAUGAAAUGUGGAAUCCAAUUGGUACCGUUGGUGUCAUUUCUGCAUUCAAUUUCCCUGUUGCUGUCUAUGGAUGGAAUGCUGCUUUGGGUCUUGUUUGUGGUAACACAAUGGUUUGGAAAGGAGCACCAACAACCUCCUUGUCAACUAUUGCUACCGGAAAGAUUAUUCAACAAGUGUUGAAGGAUAACAAGUUAAAUCCUGCAAUUUGUACAUCCAUGACUGGUGGUGCUGAUAUUGGUGAAGCAAUUGCAAAGGACAAAAGAAUUGGUCUUGUCUCAUUCACUGGAAGCACCAAGGUUGGAAAGAGAGUGAGAGAAAUUGUCAAUGAUCGAUGGGGCAAUUGUUUAUUGGAAUUGGGUGGUAACAAUGCUAUCAUUGUUUGUGAAGAUGCUGAUUUGGAAAUCGCUUUCAGAAGCGUUUUGUUUGCAUGUGUGGGAACAGCAGGUCAACGUUGCACCACCACUCGUCGUCUCAUUAUUCAUGAAAGUGUGUAUGAUCAAUUUAUUAACAAGUUGAAGAAGGGUUAUGCCAAUGUCAAGAUUGGAGAUCCUUUGAGAGAAAGUGGUGUAUUGUGUGGUCCUCUUCACACCAAGAACGCUGUUGAGCAAUAUAAGAAUGCUUUGGAGCAAGCUAAAAAGCAAGGAGGAAAGAUUCUCUAUGGUGGUAAUGUUCUCAAUAGAAGUGGUAACUAUGUUGAGCCAACUAUUGUUGAAAUUGCCUACGAUGCUCCAAUUGUUCAACAUGAGACAUUUGUUCCAAUUGUUUAUGUCAUGAAGUUCAAGAAUUUGGAGGAAGCUAUCAUGAUUAACAAUUCUGUUGAACAAGGUUUGAGCAGUAGUUUGUUCUCUAGAAAUCCAACAAAUAUUUUCACAUGGCUUGGUCCAAAUGGUUCUGAUUGUGGUAUUGUCAACGUCAACAUCCCAACCAAUGGAGCAGAAAUUGGUGGAGCCUUUGGUGGUAACAAAGCUACUGGUGGAGGACGAGAGAGUGGAUCUGAUUCCUGGAAACUGUACAUGAGAAGAUCUACUGUCACACUCAACUAUGGAAACACUCUUCCUCUUGCACAGGGCAUCAAAUUUGAUUAG